UGCCUUAAUUUAAUUGCAAACACAUGCUGAUGAGUCCCCUCCUCCUGGACCUCAGGGCUGGGAAACUUUUUUUUGUCAGCUCCCUGCAGUUCAGAAUUGAGGAAAAUCCACUCGGGCAAACACCAUGCUGAUCAAACCUUCAGCUCUCCUAGGCUUUUUGUGUUUUCUCCUCUUGCUUAGUUUCUCCUGUUCCUGCCCCAGUCGCUGCCUGUGCUUCAGGACUACGGUGAGAUGCAUGCAUCUGAUGCUGGAAACCAUCCCCGACAUCCCACCCCAGACAAACAUUCUAGAUUUACGUUUCAACCAUAUCAAGGAGAUACGACCCGGAGCCUUCAGGAGACUGAAGAACCUCAAUACUCUGCUGCUGAACAAUAACCUGAUAAAACACAUCGUGAGAAGAUCCUUUGAAGAUCUGGAGAACCUGAAAUACCUCUACCUUUAUAAAAACGAAAUUCAGAGUAUCCAGCAGCAUGCCUUCAAAGGACUCCGCUCUCUGGAGCAGCUCUACCUGCACUUCAACAACCUGGAAACCCUGGAGGCAGAGACUUUUAGCGACCUGCCUAAACUUGAAAGGCUAUUCUUGCACAACAACAAAAUUUCCAGGAUUCAUCCAGGGACAUUCUCUCAACUGGAAUCCCUCAAACGACUGCGGCUGGAUUCCAACUCCUUGCUCUGCGACUGCGAUUUGCUGUGGCUGGCCGAGCUGCUGAAGAAAUACGCGGAGCAGGGCAGCAUUCAGACAGCCGCAACCUGCGAGGCUCCUCGGGAGCUGCACGGCCGCUCCAUCGUCACCUUGACGGCUCAGGAGUUCAACUGCGAGAGGCCUCGCAUAACCUCAGAGCCCCACGAUGUCGACGUCCUCCUGGGAAACACGGUUUAUUUCACGUGCAGGGCAGAAGGCAACCCGAAGCCUGCGAUCAUUUGGCUGCACAACAAUAACGAGAUCGACAUGAAAGAUGACAACCGCCUGAACCUGCUGCAGGACGGUACCUUGAUGAUCCAGAACACCAAGGAGUCGGACAAAGGCGUCUACCAGUGCAUGGCCAAGAACAUCGCCGGGGAGGUCAAGACACAAGAAGUUGUUCUGCGCUAUUUUGGCACCCCGUCCAAGCCCACUUUUGUGAUCCAGCCGCAGAACACUGAAGUGCUGGUUGGGGAAAGCGUCACCUUGGAGUGCGGGGUCUCUGGGCACCCCCACCCCCGCGUCAGCUGGACCCUUGGCACAGGCUCUCCUUUACCGCAGGAUCCCCGUUUCGCCAUCACCAGCUCUGGAGGACUCUUCAUUCAGAACGUCACCUUCUCCGACCAGGGGCAGUACAACUGCAACGCCAGCAACACCGAGGGGUCCAUCCAGGCGACAGCAAGAAUCAUAGUGCAAGAUUCUCCCAGGUUUCUCCUCGUCCCCACUGAUCAGACGGUAACCGAGGGGCAAAGCGUGGAUUUCCUCUGCUCAGCUGAGGGUCACCCUCCACCCGUGAUUGCCUGGACACGGGCAGGUGGGCCGCUGCCAAAUGACCGGAGGCACAGCAUCCUCUCCACGGGGACCCUGCGGGUGAUGAGGGUCGCGCUGCACGACGAAGGCCAGUACGAGUGCCAUGCCAUCAGUGCCAUCGGGGUGAGGACCCUCCCCGUGCAGCUCUCCGUGACCCCCCGAGUGAUCCCCGUGUUCCUUCAUCCCCCCCAAGACGUGGUGGCAGAGACCGGCCAGGAUGUCGCGAUCACCUGCGCUGCCCAGGGGGACCCACGGCCCACCAUAACCUGGGUCAAAGAAGGGAUUCAGAUCACCGAGAGCGGCAAGUUCCACAUCAGCCACGACGGGACCCUUUCCAUUCAAGACCUGGGGGUGGCCGACCAGGGCAGAUACGAGUGCAUAGCGAGAAACCCCUUUGGCUUCACCUCCAGCGCCAUGCAGCUCACCAUCACCGCCACAGAUGUCGGUCGGAGCGGCGACACGUUUGUAGCCACCUCCAUACGGGAAGCUAUCAGCAGCGUGGACUAUGCCAUCAAUUCAACACGUACUGAGCUGUUCAGCAAACGCCCCAAGACACCCAACGACUUGCUGGCUCUUUUCCGCUACCCCCGGGACCCCUACACCAUUGAAACAGCCAGGGCAGGUGAGAUCUUUGAAAGGACCUUGCAGCUGAUUCAGGAACACGUGCAGCAAGGCUUAAUUGUGGACGUGAAUGUCACAGGUUAUCGUUACAAUGACUUGGUGUCUCCUCACUACCUCAACAUGAUCGCCAACCUGUCGGGCUGCUCUGCUCACCGCCGUACCCCAAACUGCUCCGAUAUCUGCUUCCACAAGAAGUACCGCACCCACGACGGCUCUUGCAACAACCUCCAGCACCCGAUGUGGGGCGCGUCCCUCACGGCCUUCCAGCGGCUCCUCAAACCUGCCUACCAGAACGGAUUUAACCUCCCCCGGGGCUUUUCCUUAUCAGAAGACGCCAGGGACCUGCCCCUUCCUUUACCCCGCCUCGUCUCCACCGCCAUGGUCGGCACCGAGACCGUCACCCCCGACGAGCAGUUCACCCACAUGUUGAUGCAGUGGGGUCAAUUCCUGGACCACGACAUGGACCAGACGGUGGCAGCCAUCAGCAUGUCCCGCUUCUCGGACGGGGCUCCCUGCAGCCAGGUGUGCAGCAACGACCCGCCGUGCUUCUCCGUCCUCAUCCCCGCCAACGACCCCCGCGUGAGGAACGGGCGCUGCAUGUUCUUCGUCCGCUCCAGCCCCGUGUGCGGCAGCGGGAUGACCUCCCUGCUGAUGAACUCCGUCUACGCCAGGGAGCAGAUCAACCACUUGACCUCCUACAUCGACGCCUCCAACGUCUACGGCAGCACCGAGCAGGAAUCGAGGGAGCUGCGGGAUCUCAGCAGCCAGAAAGGGUUGCUGAAGCAAGGCCAGGUCGUGCCCGGCUCGGGGAAACCUCUCCUUCCCUUUGCCGUGGGGCCACCCACUGAGUGCAUGAGGGAUGAGAACGAGAGCCCCGUGCCGUGCUUCCUGGCAGGAGACCACCGUGCCAACGAGCAGCUGGGCCUCACGGCCAUGCACACCCUGUGGUUCAGGGAGCACAACCGCAUCGCCGCCGAGCUCUCGGCCCUCAAUCCCCACUGGGAUGGAGAUCUCCUCUAUCACGAGGCGCGGAAGAUCGUGGGUGCCCAGAUGCAGCAUAUCACCUACGCCCACUGGCUGCCGAAAAUCCUCGGGGAAGCUGGGAUGAAGAUGCUGGGUGAGUACAAAGGCUACGACCCCAACGUCAACGCAGGGAUUCUCAACGCCUUUGCCACCGCCGCUUUCCGCUUCGGGCACACUUUGAUCAACCCCAUCCUGUACCGGCUGAACGAAACCUUCCAGCCCAUCCGCCAAGGCCACGUCCCCCUGCACAAGGCCUUCUUCUCCCCUUUCAGGAUCACGCAGGAGGGUGGGAUUGACCCCCUCCUCCGCGGGCUCUUUGGGGUUCCUGGGAAGAUGCGGGUCCCCUCCGAACUCCUCAACAUGGAGCUGACAGAGAAGCUCUUCUCCAUGGCCCACUCCGUCUCACUGGACUUGGCCGCUAUCAACAUCCAGCGAGGUCGAGACCACGGCAUCCCACCGUACAACGACUUCAGGGUCUUCUGCAACCUCUCGUCUGCGCAGGAAUUCGAGGACCUCAGAAAUGAGAUAAAGAACUUGGAGAUCAGGGAAAAGCUCAGGAGUUUAUAUGGAACUACCAAAAACAUUGACCUGUUUCCAGCACUGAUGGUGGAGGAUCUUGUCCCUGGUACCAGAGUUGGACCAACGCUGAUGUGCUUGUUAACAACACAGUUCAGCAGGCUGAGGCAUGGAGACAGGUUUUGGUACGAGAAUCCUGGAGUCUUCACGCCGGCGCAGCUGACUCAGAUCAGGCAGGCGUCCCUCGCUCGUGUCAUCUGUGACAACAGCGACCACAUUCAGCAGCUGCAGAGGGACGUUUUCCGGGUGGCAUCGUACCCCCAGGGCAUGGUCGGCUGCGAGGAGAUCCCCGCGGUGGACCUGCGCUUCUGGCAGGACUGCUGCGAAGACUGCCAGACACGUGGGCAAUUCAGGGCGCUCUCCCAGCGCUUCCGAAGCAAGAGGUCUCCUGGAUUCAGCUACCCAGAAGAAAAUCCUGCCAAGCUCAAGCCUGCCUUCCCCAGAAAUGAAGUGCCUUCUCCGAGCCCUUCUUCCAGAAGGAAUCUUGAGUCCCUCGUGGGUGAACUGGAGAAGACAGUUGCUUCCCUACGGAAACAGGUGAAUGUCCUAGAGAGCCAGCUAAGGUGGCACCACAGGAACUCCAGCGCAUACGGACAGGGGAAGAAGACUGGAGACAAAUGGAGAAAAAGAUGACCGUGCUGCCUCUUUGUACAAGGUGCCCAGUGACCUGCACUCCUGCUCUCCACCAGCCAGCCCACCCCACUCCCAGAGGGCUCCGAACGAGCACCCCACGAGCCCCCGCGAUGCUCUGCCUCCCCUCCUGUCUCCUGCACCACCUCCGUCCCAGCACGACCGUACUUCUGCCUGCAUCGAGCCCCUGCACUCCCUGCUCCGAGCCCUCCAUCUCCCGGACCUCCUCUGCUUGUCAGCCUCUGGGGACGGGCUCUGGCACUUGCCCCGUGUGAUGGUGGCAGAGCAGCAGUCUGCCGAGGUGCCACCUUCUGCCACGCGUCCCCAGGAAGCGGAGGAUAACCGAAGCUGCUUUAGUGUCGCUGUUGUGCCCUCCUCUUCCCACGCACCCCAUCAUCUGCAACGUCCCCUGGGCACCCGACCGAGGUUCACGAUGAAGCACGACCUCUCUCAAAAGCUCUGUCUCCGAGCCCUUGUGCCAGGAAGCAUCAGGAGAAAUCUGGGUGGGGUUUAAAAAAAACAAACAAACAAACAACAAAACAACAACAACAAAAAGAGAAAAAUUGAAUAAACAUGAAACCCCAAACAAAUCUUCUCAUGCCAGCAGAAGGAGCAAAAAGGAACCCGAGGGCUGGAAAGCACCCUUUUGGCUGGGCUUGGGUCUGCGCCACCAGCGAUGAGGCAAAUCCAGAGCCUGGGGAAGGCUCCUGGCUGGCUGAGCCCUUCGGGCCAGGAUGGCAGAAGCAGCAGACCACCACGGCAGCCACCGUCCUGUGCCAUCUGUUUGGUAACAAGUGGCACAUCCUGAGUUAUAUUACCCUGUGAGUGACCUCCCGUUACGUUCCCAGCACUCAAAAACAUUUUCCUCAACAUGAACCGCAUCCUCCAAGUUUCUGCCCUUCUGAGGGUUUUAAUUAGAUUGAUGUUUCCCUCCCCUUUUUUAUUAUUAUUUUUUUUCCUCCCAAAAGGCUCUUCGCUGGAAGAUGUGUUUUGAGUGUAAACGUAACAGGACCUGGAACAGAACCUCGGAUAAUUAGAUGUAAUGGGCGCCCUCGUUAGUGGAGGGGAGCUGCUGGUUUCCGUCAAUUAGUGCGGAAGAACAUGAUGUGCAGCGUUUGACACAUGGAUGAAUGCAAAGUGCUGUUUGUGUUUAUUGCUCCUCGGUGCUCUGCAACCAAACCAGGACUCUGUAACCAGCUCCACAGAACAGGUCUUCUGGUUUCCUUGCUCUUCGGAGGUGCUUUUUAGUGGUGCUAGAACUGAGGUCCCUGGGUGUUCGCCACAGCCACAAAUCCGCGGGCAGGUUGGUUUGAAUGCAUCUGUGAAAACCAACCACAGGGACCGAGAGAAAAUACUUGACCCAUUAGGGACCUGUGCCGUCCUUACCUUUUUCACUUUUCCCUCCAUCCUCCCACCUUUCUUCCCCAGCGCAAGGAUCCAAACCUUCUUACGGAUGUGCUUUUUCUUUUCCUUUCUGUUUUUAGGUGUGUGAUAGUACCAAAGGGAUUCAAAGCAGCAGGGAUGCUCCUGGAACUUAAUAGAAAAAUAAAAAAAAAAGAAAAGAAA